GCCCCCUGCGACGCGGACCUCCCCGACGAGGAGGCGGCUCACGUCGCGGCGAUACAGUGCAAAGUGUGACGAGCACGACGGCGUCCACGACGGCGUCCACGACGGCGUGCUUGGAGGAAGGCGUUCCCUGUGCGUGAUGCCAUGCGCCUCCCGCUGCUGACCGCGGCCCGGCACGCCCCGGAACUCCCUCGUCCCCCCCUCCUUGUCUAUGGGUGUUCUGGCGGCCAAGCUUUGGGCCGGCCCCGGCGCCUGGAAGCAGGGGGAGGGGGUGGGGGAGGGUGACCUGCUGUGGAGGGUGGUGAGCAUGGAACCGGAAUGGCUGUCCGGACGGCCGCGGCCCAGCCCUCGGCCGCGCGGCCUCAGCCUCAGCCUCCUCGAGUCCAUCAGCCCGGAGAGCAGCACCUCGGCGUCGACCACCGCCGCGGCCUCGCCCGUCAGCGCGCCCAACACGCCGCCCUCCAGCCCCACCGCCAAGGAGUACCUCUCCGCCUGGCUGCACAAGUAUAACAGCACCCGAGGCAGCUCGCGCAAGGCCCGCAAGCGCGUCAUCUUCAAACACGGCGACGUGAACGUGGUGCAGGGCAACGUGGCCAAGCGGCGGCGCCGCUACCUGCAGGACAUCUUCACCACGCUGGUGGACGCGCAGUGGCGCUGGACGCUGCUCGUGUUCGCCCUCAACUUCCUGCUGUCGUGGCUGGGCUUCGCCGUCAUCUGGUGGCUCAUCAUGCUCACCCACGGCGACCUGCGGCCCGAGAACCUCCCCAACCAGGGCGCGCAGUGGACGCCCUGCGUGACGGGGAUCUUCGGCUUCGCCUCCUGCUUCCUCUUCUCGGUGGAGACGCAGCACACCAUCGGCUACGGCGGCCGCUCCACCACGGAGGAGUGCCCCGAGGCCAUCUUCAUCAUGUGCCUGCAGAGCAUCUGCGGCGUCAUGAUCCAGGCCUUCAUGGUGGGCAUCGUGUUCGCCAAGCUGUCGCGCCCCAAGAAGCGCACGCAGACGCUGCUGUUCUCGCGGCACGCCGUGGUGGCGCAGCGUGACGGCCAGCUGUGCCUCAUGUUCCGCGUGGGCGACAUGCGCAAGUCCCACAUCAUCGAGGCGCACGUGCGCGCGCAGCUCAUCCGCAGGAAGACGACGAGGGAGGGCGAGGUGCUGCCGUACCACCAGCAGGAGCUGCAGGUCGGCGGCGACGGCGAGGAGGACAAGAUCUUCUUCAUCUGGCCCACCACCAUCGUGCACAAGAUCACGUCGGAGUCGCCGCUGUACGCCAUGUCCGCGGCGGACAUGCUGCGGGAGCGCUUCGAGAUCGUCGUCAUUCUUGAGGGCGUCAUCGAGUCCACGGGAAUGACGACGCAGGCGCGGUCGUCCUACCUGCCCAACGAGAUCCUGUGGGGGCACCGCUUCGAGCCGAUGGUGUCCUUCAAGAAGGAGCAGGGCGAGUACGAGGUGGACUACUCGCUGUUCAACAAGACGCGGGAGGUGGACACGCCGCUGUGUUCGUCGCAGGCCCUCGACGCCAUGUUCACCGUCGGGGGCUGGCGGGACGCCUCCCGGGCGGCGGGGUCGGCCACGGGCUCGGACAAGUUCGAGAUGACGACGCACACGAGCAGCGGUGGCGGCUGCAGCUGCAGUGCGGGCCCCCACCACGGCCCGGGGCCCCCGGGGCCGCCCGAGUGCGGCGACGAGUGCAGCGAGGUGGUGGUGCUGGCGGCGGCGGCGGUGGCGGGGCCCGCGCCGGUGGGGCCCGCGCCGGGGUGAAGCAGAGGGGGAGCGGCCCACCCCGCGGGGGGCCCACCCUACCAGCAACCCUUCUAGUCCACCCCGACUCGUCGCCGUAGUCGGAGUGUUCCACAGUGUGCCCGCGCCGUGGCGGCCGUGGCGGCCGUGGCCACGAUGCCGCCGGAGUCUCGGAGCCCCGGACCGCCGCCGGACCGCUGGGCCACCCCGCCGCCCUGGCGUCCCCGCCGGUCCCCGCCCGUGGCCGUCUUCCUGCAGCGUCUCGAGCAGAACAGUGACUGCCCAAGUGUGAACACCAAAACUGGAAAGUGGCGUUGCCUCGCGGUGCUUCGCCUAGUGACCGCUCGAGCGAACUGUGACAGUGAUUGUGAUCUUUUCUACGUGAAACAGUGAUAUGAUUGACUGGUGAUAGCGUGUUCGCGCGUGCUAGUUCCAACGGCGGACAAGAGUGAGUCAAGUCAAAUGCUGCCUCGAGAGUACCUUUGCCGACCGUCUGAGACUGUCUGUGACACUGCUGCCGGGCAAGCAGGUAAACUCGGUGACUUUUUGCCUCUCCGGCUGGUCCGGCUCCACAUGGUUCCGCCAUGGUUCCACAGACCCGAAUCGUCGGCCGGGGGUCGGCAGCGCAGCGCAGCGCAGCGGCGUGCCGACUUCAAGAUAGUGCCAAACUCUUCCUUUUCAUAUUGUUCCCCGGUGAUGUAAACUAGUCUGAUUUGCGUGUGACUGUUCUGUGCUCUUCUGAAUGGCUGGAGAAAAAGUAUUGUUAUAGUACCUGUAUUCUGCAAACUGCACAGACAACUAACAAAUUAUUCUUUUGGACCACCUCCUAUGUAACCUUUUCUACGAUAAAUGGGAAAUAGUGUAAUGAUGACCGUGAAGACAAGCUAGGAAAAAAGACUUAUCUCGAUGUAGAGCCAAAUUUUCUGUGUGAUAUGUCCUACCUUGUUUGAUGUGAAGGCUAUAUUGUAGAACAGAAAGAGUAUUUUCCAUUGAAA